ACCCGGGAGAGCGAGCAGCGCAGGCAGAGCGCAAGUCGCCAGACUCGGCGCCACCAUGGCCACUGUGGACCUGGAGAAGCUGCGGAUGUGCGGGGCAGGCAAGGCCAUAGGCGUGCUGACCAGCGGCGGCGACGCGCAAGGUAUGAACGCCGCUGUCAGGGCCGUGACGCGAAUGGGCAUCUACGUGGGAGCCAAGGUCUUCCUCAUCUAUGAGGGCUACGAGGGCCUCGUGGAGGGAGGUGAGAACAUCAAGCCGGCCAACUGGCUCAGCGUCUCCAACAUCAUCCAGCUGGGUGGCACCGUCAUUGGCAGUGCGCGCUGCAAGGCCUUCACCACGAGGGAGGGGCGCUUGGCAGCAGCCUACAACCUGGUCCAUCGCGGCAUCACCAACCUGUGUGUCAUCGGUGGGGACGGCAGCCUCACCGGAGCCAACAUCUUCCGCAGCGAGUGGGGCAGCCUGCUGGAGGAGCUGGUGAAGGAAGGCAAGAUCUCGGAGAGCACAGCUCAGACCUACUCGCACCUGAACAUCGCUGGGCUGGUGGGCUCCAUCGACAACGACUUCUGCGGCACCGACAUGACCAUCGGCACAGACUCGGCCCUGCAUCGCAUCAUGGAGGUCAUUGACGCCAUCACCACCACUGCCCAGAGCCACCAGAGGACCUUCGUGCUGGAGGUGAUGGGGCGGCACUGCGGGUACCUGGCCCUGGUGUCCGCCCUGGCCUCGGGGGCCGACUGGCUGUUCAUCCCAGAGGCACCCCCCGAGGACGGCUGGGAGAACUUCAUGUGUGAGAGGCUUGGCGAGACCCGAAGCCGAGGGUCACGGCUGAACAUCAUCAUCAUUGCCGAGGGCGCCAUCGACCGCAAUGGAAAGCCCAUCUCAUCGCACUACGUGAAGGAUCUGGUGGUUCGGAGGCUGGGCUUCGACACACGUGUGACUGUGCUGGGCCACGUGCAGCGGGGAGGGACCCCCUCGGCGUUCGACCGCAUCCUGAGCAGCAAGAUGGGCAUGGAGGCGGUGAUGGCGCUUAUGGAGGCCACGCCCGACACGCCGGCCUACGUGGUCAGCCUGUCGGGGAACCAGUCCGUGCGGCUGCCCCUCAUGGAGUGCGUGCAGGUGACAAAGGAGGUGCAGAAGGCCAUGGAUGAGAAGAGGUUCGAUGAGGCCAUCCAGCUCCGCGGCAGGAACUUCGAGAACAAUUGGAACAUUUACAAGCUGCUUGCACACCAGAAGAUCUCCGAAGAGAAGACGCAGUUCUCCCUGGCCAUCCUGAAUGUGGGGGCCCCGGCGGCCGGCAUGAACGCAGCCGUACGCUCGGCGGUGCGUUCCGGCAUUUCCCAGGGUCACCGGGUAUACGUGGUGCACGAUGGCUUUGAAGGCCUGGCCAAGGGUCAGGUACAAGAAGUGGGCUGGCAUGACGUGGCCGGCUGGCUGGGGCGAGGAGGCUCCAUGCUGGGGACCAAGAGGACGCUGCCCAAGAGCUACCUGGAGAAAAUCGUGGAAAACAUACGCACAUACAACAUCCAUGCCCUGCUGGUCAUCGGAGGCUUCGAGGCCUACGAGGGGGUGCUGCAGCUGGUGGAGGCCCGCGGCUGCUACGAGGAGCUGUGCAUUGUCAUGUGCGUCAUCCCCGCCACCAUCAGCAACAACGUGCCGGGCACGGACUUCAGCCUGGGCUGCGACACUGCAGUCAACGCCGCCAUGGAGAGCUGUGACCGCAUCAAGCAGUCAGCCUCAGGGACCAAGCGCCGGGUGUUCAUCGUGGAGACUAUGGGGGGCUACUGCGGCUACCUAGCCACCGUGACCGGCAUCGCUGUGGGGGCAGAUGCCGCCUACGUCUUUGAGGACCCUUUUAACAUCCAAGACUUAAAGGCCAAUGUGGAGCACAUGACGGAGAAGAUGAAGACGGAAAUCCAGAGGGGCCUGGUGCUUCGAAAUGAGAAGUGCCAUGAACACUAUACCACGGAGUUUUUGUACAACCUCUACUCCUCCGAAGGGAAGGGCAUUUUCGACUGCAGGACCAAUGUCCUGGGCCACCUGCAGCAGGGCGGGGCUCCAACCCCAUUUGACCGGAACUACGGGACCAAGCUGGGGGUGAAGGCCUUGCUCUGGGUGUCCGAGAAGCUCCGGGCCGUCUACCGCAAUGGGCGGGUGUUUGCCAAUGCCCCUGACUCGGCCUGUGUGAUCGGCCUUCAGAAGAAGUCAGUGGCCUUUAGCCCUGUCACCGAGCUCAAGAAGGACACUGAUUUUGAGCACCGCAUGCCCCGGGAGCAGUGGUGGCUGAACCUGCGGCUGAUGCUGAAGAUGCUGGCCCACUACCACGUCAGCAUGGCUGACUACGUGUCUGGGGAGUUGGAGCACGUCACCCGCCGCACCCUGAGCGUGGACAAGGGCUUCUGAGGCUGCCCCGCCACCCUUCUGGCCAGCAGGCCCUUCCCUGCCAGGCCGCCGCCUGGAACCUGCAGGCAGGCAGGCGGUGGGUAGGCUGUGGCCCUCUCUCAGCCCGGCCCUGGGGGGCUCACGGCCCUGCCUCCAGGACAGAGCACCCUGGGCACUUACCUUCCAGCCCCAGGGGACAUGGGGCAUCCUAGUCUGGACACACUGCCCUUCCUUGGUCCCCCACAUGGCCCUUCACCCUCACCAGCCCUUGGGGUCCAGUGCCCGAGUCUUCGUGCCAAGGGUGGUGUGUCCCGGGGGUCUUGCCGUGCCCCUGCUCCUGAGCACUGGGCACUGUAGUUGGGCAGAGCUUGUCAUCUUUUGUGGGAAUAAAGUCACCCCAACAGAGAA